UUGCGACGCGUGGAGCUGUCGUCGCUAAGGGCCGCCUCACUCCCCCCCGGCUCCGCCGCCACCGCCACCAUCGCCCGCUCGCUGCGAUCGCAAUCCCGCCUCAUGGGCGCGACGACCCCGCUCACAAACACAAUAUAAAGUUGGGAAAAUCGGCCGCGCUCCGCCGCGACCGCGGCGACUAUUGUCGCCGACACGAGCGAGCCCUGCGGCGAGGAUGGCGAGCGAUUCUCCGGCGAGGAGUCUGGACGACAUUGACCUGGCGGCUCUGCGGGAACCUGCCGGGAUAUUUGAGUUGGUGGAAGUCGUGGGGAAUGGAACGUACGGGCAAGUGUACAAGGGGCGUCAUGUGAAGACGGGACAGCUGGCAGCCAUCAAGGUCAUGGAUGUCACGGAGGACGAGGAGGAGGAGAUCAAGCUGGAGAUCAACAUGCUGAAGAAGUACUCGCACCACCGCAACAUCGCCACCUACUACGGGGCCUUCAUCAAGAAGAGCCCUCCGGGGCACGAUGACCAGCUCUGGCUGGUGAUGGAGUUCUGCGGCGCGGGCUCUGUGACCGACCUGGUGAAGAACACAAAGGGCAACUCGCUCAAGGAGGACUGGAUCGCCUACAUCUGCAGAGAGAUCCUGCGGGGCCUGUCCCACCUGCACGCCCACCGGGUCAUCCACCGCGACAUCAAGGGACAGAACGUGCUGCUCACCGAGAACGCCGAAGUCAAACUGGUCGAUUUUGGCGUGAGCGCUCAGCUGGACCGCACGGUCGGCCGCAGGAACACGUUCAUCGGGACGCCCUACUGGAUGGCGCCCGAGGUGAUCGCCUGCGACGAGAACCCGGACGCCACCUACGACUACAGAAGCGAUUUGUGGUCCCUCGGAGUCACCGCGAUAGAGAUGGCAGAAGGCGCCCCACCCUUGUGCGACAUGCACCCAAUGAGGGCUCUCUUCCUGAUCCCACGGAACCCGCCGCCCAGGCUCAAAUCCAAGAAGUGGUCCAAGCGCUUCUUGAGUUUUGCGGAGAGCUGCCUGGUGAAGAACUACCUGCAGCGCCUGCCAACCGAGCAGCUGCUAAAGCACCCCUUCAUCCGCGAGCAGCCCAACGAGCGGCAGGUCCGCAUCCAGCUCAAGGACCACAUCGACCGCACGCGCAAGAAGCGCGGGGAGAAAGACGAGACGGAGUACGAGUACAGUGGGAGCGAGGAGGAGGACGAGGAGGCGCAGAAUCAGGAAGGAGAGCCGAGCUCGAUCGUGAACGUCGCCGGCGAGUCGACGCUGCGGCGCGACUUCCUGCGCCUGCAGCAGCGCGGCGACGGGCGAGAGGCAGCCGAGGUGCAGCGCCGGCAGCUGGAGAUGCUGGCGCGGCAGCAGCAAAGCGAGAACGACGGCCGCAAGCAGCACCUGCUGGCCGAGCGCCAGAAGCGCAUCGAGUACCAGCGGCAGCAGCGGCGGCAGAUGGAGGAGAAGCAGAAGCGGUCACGCGAGCAGUCCCGGCUGCAGGAGAAGGAGCUGCGGAGACGGAACCCGGAACCGGGUUUGGAACACGGCCAGCAGCAGCAGCAGCAGGAGCAGCAGCAGCAGCAGCGGUUGCGCGCGGAUGCGGAGGAGGAGCGGCGGCGGCAGGCGGAGCGCGAGCAGCAGGAUCACAUCCGACAGCAGUUAGAGGAGGAGCACAGGCAGUUAGAGAUGCUACAGCAGCAGCUGCUCCAGGAACAGGCUUUGCUUUUGCGGGAGCACAAGCGCAAGCAGACGGACGAGCCCCCCGAGCUUGAGCAGGAGGAGCGCCAGGCCCAGUUGCUGCAGCAGCAACUCAAACAGGAACAGCGCUAUCUACUGUCCCUGCAGAAGCAGCAGCAAGCAGAGCAGCAGCAGCAGCAGCAGCAGCGCGUUGCCGCUGCCCCCGGGCCCGACAGGCAGAGGCAGCAGGCGGCGGCGGCGGCGGUGCAGUACCACUACCUGGAGGGGAAGAGCUGCCCUGACAAGCCGGCAUGGGCCAAGCAGAGUCCAGACGUGCCGCCGCAGGCAAGGCCAAGUCAGGUGGAGGAUCGCUCGAAGCAGAACCGCAAGAUGCCCGUGGCGGCGGCCGCCGCCGGGGGACAGCGAGCGUCACAGCCGGACGUGUUCGCCGUGGCGGCACCGCAGGGACCAGCGGCGCCGUCCGCCUUCCACAGGGGGGGCCCCGAGUCGCAGCACCAGCAGGUGCAGGUCGCGCACCGCGUGCCGCUGCGGCAGCAGGGCUCUGGCCCCAUGGCACGCUCGCAGUCGGUGCCUGAGCAGGACCUGCUGCCGGCCGCCGCGGCCGCCCCGAGCGCUCCCCCCGUGGCCUCACUCGGCAACGGCGCCGCCCCCGCCGUGGCCAGCCCCCGGCAUCCCGCCGCUCCCGUGGGCCCCGGAGGCCCGGAACAGUUGCUGGCACGGAGCAGAACCGAGUGGGAGGAUCUGACGGCCAAGGUGCCGGUGCGAGCCGGACUCGUCUCGCCCAAGCUGGGCCGCAGAAACUCGCCCAGCCACCUCCCGGGGCUUACGCCGCGCCACGCUCGCCAGGCCAGUGCCGGCAGUGCCUUGGAGGCGAGAGCGGCAGGGAUCGUGCAGCACCAGCAGCCGCCGCGCAAGUUCAGCAGCGGUGGCUCGUCCAGCUCCGGAUCCGGAUCGCACUCCGGAUCCAGCACGCCGGGAUCCCGACCGGGGUCGCAGCCCGGGUCUCAGCCCGGCUCGCAGCCCGGGUCUCGUGAGCGCAACCAGAGCAGAGGUGCUGCCCUUCAGGUUGAAGCGUCGAGCAACCCUGAACCGUUACCGGUUACGCAAGUGGAGCGACCCGAGUUUACGCGACCGAUGAGACCGCCGGUCCUGUCGGACACCGGGCGGGUGGCGCAGAAGUCGACGGAGUACUCCUCGUCGAGCGACGAGUCCGCCGACUCGGACCAGGAGGACGACGAGGAGGAGGAGGACGCGGAGGAGGAGGCGGAGGGCCGGCGGCGCGAUGGCACCAUCCCGGUGCACGGCAUGUCGAGACAAAUGCGCCCCGCGAACGACACGGACACCUUGGUGGUGCACGACGACACGGGGCUCCCCUCCUCGCAGGACCCCUCCGGCGACGGCACUCUGAUCGUUCACGAGAACGAGAAGAAGCGCGUGGUGCACGCCGACAGCAACGGCAUGGCCGGCCGCAGCGGGGCCCUGCCGGACCUCCUCCCGCAGAACCCCAGCGCUCAGGGCCCCCACGGCCCCCACUCGGCGGCGUUCAAGGCCGUGCCCUACCCCCCCGGCUCGGAGGAGGAGGAAGAGCCCAGACGCGCUGCUCCGCCCGCGCUGCCCUCUCUCCCCGCUCUCGCUUUCACCCCCUCGCUGCUGCGUAAGCUCCGCGCGGGGUCUAAUUCGCCCAUCCUAGAUGCCUCCCGCCUCAGCAAGUUCCUGCAGGUGGGCGUCUCCCGCAUGCCGCAGAAGAACAUCUCCACCUCGUCGUUCACGUCGUACGUGCUGCCCAGCAACGGCGCCUUUCAGCCCUCGCCCUCAAACCUCUCCUCCAUCUCCGCCGCAUCCCAGGCGUCGCAGAUGAACGCGGCUCAGAGAGAGCGGCGUAAGGGCUCCAUGGUGAACGUGAACCCGACCAACACGCGGCCGCACAGCGACGCGCCCGAGAUCCGCAAGUACAAGAAGCGCUUCAACUCGGAGAUCCUGUGCGCCGCGCUCUGGGGCGUGAACCUGCUGGUGGGCACGGAGAACGGACUGCUGCUGCUGGACCGCAGCGGGCAGGGCAAGGUCUACCCGCUCAUCAGCCGCCGCCGCUUCCACCAGAUGGACGUGCUAGAGGGACUCAACAUCCUCGUCACCAUCUCCGGCAAGAAGAACAAGCUGCGAGUCUACUAUCUGUCGUGGCUGCGUAACAAGAUCCUGCACAACGACCCCGAGGUGGAGAAGAAGCAGGGCUGGACCACCGUCGGUGACCUGGAGAGCUGUGUGCACUACAAAGUCGUGAAGUACGAGCGAAUCCGCUUCCUCGUGAUUGCGCUCAAGACCUCGGUGGAGGUGUACGCCUGGGCCCCCAAGCCCUACCACAAGUUCAUGGCAUUCAAGUCGUUCUGCGAUCUGGCACACAAGCCACAGCUGGUGGACCUCACCGUCGAGGAGUCGCAGCGGCUCAAGGUGAUCUACGGCUCCAGCGCCGGCUUCCACGCCAUCGACGUCGACACGGGCAACUUCUACAACGUCUACCUCCCCACGCACAUCCAGGGGAACGUGAUUCCGUACUCCGUCAUCGUGCUGCCCAACACUGACGGCAUGGAGCUGCUGCUGUGCUACGAGGACGAGGGCGUCUACGUGAACACCUACGGGCGCAUCACCAAGGACGUGGUGCUGCAGUGGGGAGAGAUGCCCACCUCCGUCGCCUACAUUCGGUCGAACCAGAUCAUGGGCUGGGGCGAGAAGGCCAUCGAGAUCCGCGCGGUGGAGACGGGCCACCUUGACGGCGUCUUCAUGCACAAGCGUGCGCAGAGACUCAAGUUCCUGUGCGAGAGGAACGACAAGGUGUUCUUCGCGUCGGUGCGAUCUGGCGGGUCCAGCCAGGUCUACUUCAUGACCCUCAACCGGAGCUCCGUAAUGAAUUGGUAGCCCUGGGACACUCGCCAGGUUUUGCUGGAUGUGUCGAGGGGGUGAUAUAUCAGCGAGGAUUUUUUUUUUCUCUCCGAGAAUUAGAUAAAAAGUGCAGCGGCACUUUUGAUCCAUGCACCCCCCCCCCCCCAAACCAAUCCCUCUUAUGAUCAUCCGGUCACGAAGAGGGGAGUGAGAACGGUUUAAUCAACGACGGUUGGACGCAGGCGGUAAAGACACUUCGGUGGCGUGGCGUCGCCGCUAUCGCGCUUAUCUCCCCGCGAUAGAAUGCGGGAAUUAACCUGUGUGCAUGCGUGCACGGAGCGCGACAAACCCGCGGCUGCGGUAACUUUUAAGAGUCGGGAUUGUGAGUUUUUACGAAUCGAUGUGCUCGGCCACGCUUUGCACACGAACCCCAAUGGCUCUGAUGCGCCCAGAUGUCUUAGCAGGGGUUUUUUUUUUAAAGUAAUUGUUUUCUAAUCAUAUAGCCUACGCCAUUUAUUUUAUGGAUUCUUUUUCCCCUCCCCCCCCCAUCCCUCUAAAUCUUGUCUUCGGAGCGAGUGGGAAUUUCGGCCGUCACAGUGUGAUUGUAGAAGCGCCGUUAACACCGUAGCAGAUUACUUUAUUUUUAAUGUAUGCGCUCACUUCCUGAUAAAACGAAGGAAUUGGUCCAUGACAGGUUUUAGAAGGCUGAAGCUUCGUGCUUCUGCCAUAGGGUUUUGCAAGUGUAGCUAUAAUUAGGGAUGUUUUGUAUUCAACAGAAGUAAUAUUUUGCUUAUUUUUUGCACAUGUGGCAAUAAGAGAUGUUAUAUUUGUGUGAAAUGGUAAUGACUAACAAUGGUGUGGACUGGGAGUGGCUAAUGCAACAAUGUUGUUGGAACUCAAUCCAUUAAUUAUAUUUCAAAUCCACACCUUGCAUUCAAAAAGCCCUGGCCCUAGUAUAUAAAUAUUAACACAUUUAUAAAAGACACAAUCUCAGCCAGUAAUAGUUGCAUUUAUUGGACAUUGAUAUAAAGGUUUUUCGAUCAUAGAAAAAUGUAUUGCAGCAAAAUAGUCUAGAAAGCAGCCGAGGCAUCGGACAUUUCCAAUAAUAUUUUUGAAAAUCAAAUCGCAUAUCCUUGACCUCAUUCACAAAGUCUCAACGCCCUCUUUGCUGGGACAAGUGAAGGGAAAGAAUCGGCGAAUUCUCAGACCAAGUCUUUGUUGAGUGACUGCGCCAAUUGGAUGAACGUACCUUCUGCGGCUGGACAUCCCUUCUGGAGGACACUCGUUUGAUACGCACCCCCCACCGCACGCUCUUAUCCAGCCACGAUUGAUCGCAGCGCACGAGCAGGACUUCACCGAAGGUGUCUACGGAUCGAUUGCAAAGCAAAAGCUGGUCGUAAGCGAUUGUAGGAUCUUGUCAUUGUGAGGAUGAAAUGAAUAUCCCUAGACUGUAAUAAUGCUUCAGACUGGCCUCUGCCAUGGGAAUGUAGAAUUUCCAUCCUUUGCUCAGGUCCGCCGCCAGUGCACACCGCUGCAUUGCCCGUCCAGGGCAGGGAGACAGACUGAUAUUCGCUCGCAAUGGCGACAAUUCCAUUGCCUUCUUGCCGCGACGGUUUACUGGCUAUUGUGACGGGCUUGGCACACGAGGGAUAUUUACGAUUGUUACAGUUGCGAUUUUAUUACGAGCGCUCAGUAAUCCUAGUGUACUCGGCAAAACCCCAUGAGCGCAAGUGGUAACGUUUCACUCCGCCUACUUAAUGGACCGAUGAUUUCUGUGCUUAAAGAACCAUUGCCUGGCUCCGGUUUGUUACCUUAUUUUACAAACUGGAACAUGCACUUCCUACUGUGAAACAUAUUGCUCUGCUGCUUUGCAGACCCCAGUUAGCCCCUUUAUAACAACAACACUGAGCUUAAUGGCUUCCUCUCUUCUGGGUAAACAAUUUAGUGGGGAGGGCUUCAUUUUACAUUUGGUUGGAUAAUGUAGUGUACCAUUCUGUUAACGUUUAAAAAUAAUAGCAUUGAAGUAAGUUUUACACCCUACUUUGAUCGGCCAUUAACAAUCACGUUAAUGCAAAAACUGAAUACGUUAAAUAACGUAUCGACUGUUGUAAUGGAGAUGUUAAGUACGUGCCUUUUUUCCUGCAGAUUUUGUAGCCAUCCCCAAGUAGAGUAGCGAUGUAUUUUGCGCGACCGAUUUAAAUCAUAAGUUUUUCAUUGACUUUACGCAGAGCUGUCGGCCAAAACAUUGCCUGGUUUGUAGCUUAGUUUUGCUUUACCUAUAAGGACAAUAUUAAGUCCCCAUUAUAUCAAUCACACUGUCUCUUGCACUUAACGCUUAAGUUAAGUGACGCUAGGUUUAACUUGAAAGCAAUCUUAUUUGUGUAUAGGCUGUGCCUAUAUUAGCGGAUGUAUUUUGCAAUUAUUUAAAACUUAUUUCGGACAUACGAAAGCUGAGGAAACGUGAGAGGCGUUUGCUUGUCUGCUUUACUGUUCUUGCCAACCCUCAUAGCAACAUUGUAAGUGGUUCACACACACAGAUAGAUUAGGGCCAUAAAAAAUAUACUUGCAUUUUUGGUUCUAAUAAAUCAUGGAGCACAUUUUUAUAUAAACUGUAACAAAUUAUAAGUGAAAGGGACAGGAAUAUCAAAUUGAUAAUAGGGUUUUCCCCUUUUUUUCUGGCUACAAAACAGGUGUUAAGAUGUAAAAGGUUUCAGUUUGGUGUUUUAACAAGGAAUCAUGUCUGCAUUAAUUAUUGUGGUCAGAAUGCAAACCAAAAAACAUACUCUGAUAAUAUAUGCAUUGUCCUUGAAGCUGAUUGGUCCACAAGGUUUCAGUUUGGUGUUUUAACAUCUUAACACCUGUUUUGUUGCCAGAAAAAAUGGGAAAACCCUAUUCUCAUAUUUUGGUACUGGCAAAGGAGGUCCCAUAAUGAAUAUCAAUAUUUUUUAUUGUCAAUUAAAAUAAAACGCACACUAUAUAUACAUCUAAAAUUAGGAGAUGAAAAUCACCAGUGCCUGAGGACCUCGACUUAUGUUUUUUAUGGCCUUAGUGUAAUCCAUUGGAGAUGUCCACGUGGCUGCAUUGUUCCUCGUCAUUGUCGGUAGUCGAGGGAUCAGGGCCUUGCUACUGUUUGAGAUCACGCUCCUUGUCAAGUCCAAAAGCCGUUGAUUUGGUAGAGAAGUAUUUCGCACCGUCAGAAGCCAUAACAUAACAUGCUUUUAGUGUGUCUCUACAAUGCAAAGUGAAGCACUCAUAACAAUGAUUUUGUUACUUAUUUUACAUUGCAGCACUAAUGUGCAUUCAUUAAAAAUAUAGAAUAAAACAGUUCAAACCCACAUGAGGUGGGGCUCAUGUUAAGAGUUCAUUUAAAAUCCCAGGUGUGUGCUUGUACGUGAUGCUUUUACCUGCUUGCGUGUGCUUCGCGCAACUCAUCGUGGUGUCUGUUGUGCAUGUUCCCGGUGAAACCUGGCCAAUGAGCUCGGCACUGCGGCACUGAAAACAAACUGAAAACUCGCGGCCGCUUGGGAGAGCCGUCAACGAGCUGCAAAAAGCCAACGUUGGCUUAACCUGUGCAGCAUCCUCGAAAUGAUGGCUCUUGUAAUUCAUUUCCCGUUGUGCAAAUGCAUUUUUUCCCCGCUCUCCUCCCCAGAUUAAAUAAUGUUUUGACGAGUUGUAGAUAAUGCCAUAAGAGAGUGUGGGCUUCCUCCAGCAUGUGAACUCGAGUGGGGGCGGUGGCAGGGGGGGCAGCGUUUGCGUAUAAACUUCGUUUUUGCAGCUGUCCUCUUUGGCUCGCGUGUGCAUGUGUCGCGAAGCCCAAGGCGGAAGGUUGCUGCACAGUUGCUCGCUACACCACAUUGCUGCUGCUGCUUUUGGCACCGGCUCCACCGCCAAACGACACACGGAUCGGGUCGCGGCGACGGGAACGGCACGGAAGGGAGGAACGUUUUUAAAAUGCCCCCCUCAAAGGUUGCACUUUUGCCACCCGGUACGACGGAGCGGCGUCACUCGCGCUCUCCUCACACGGCUGCGCCAAGCCAUUAUUGCCGUACGACAGGUUCCCACGACAGCUCCACUGGCUGCAGACCAUAUGAAUAAAGAGAGAAAAAUGUGUUUUAAACAUGCAUACAAGCGAAGCGGCACUUCAUUGUUUCCGAGGGCAAAAUGUAGUUGUCAAUUCUAGCCCUUAUCACCUCCCCACCCACUCCCCGACUGUAGAUGGUGAGCUGCCCUUGGUGAUAGCGAUAUCCUGCCAUUGAUUUCUCUUUCGGGCUACAGCCGGUGCUGGACCUCGAUGUCAAUGUCCACCGGCCGCAAGCUGCACCGAACAGCUGCGUUCACCGCCACUCCUCCACACGGGUGCCUUGCACAGCUGCCAGUCCUGUACCGGACUCGAGUCGUUGCACCCGAGCCGUCGCACUGCCUACGUGUGGUCUCUCCCACCCCGACUCUCGCCGUCUCGUCUACCUUGGCGUAACGUGUUUAAGCAUAUUUCUGCACAUAUUUUCAUUCUUGAGGUAUUUAUGAAUUCAGUUAAAGUUAAGUUAAAUUCUGACUUAAAGCUUUCGUGACUGCAGGAAUACAUUCUAUGUGUCUUUCGGUAAAGCCACGUAGAUAGAAAAAUAAUACAAAUAUCACGACGUUUCAAUCGCAACACAAGCAAUCGUCUUGAAGACGUGUUGCGGUCGUGAUAUUUGUAUUAUUUUUCUAUCUACGUGGCUUUACCGAAAGACCUAUAGAAUAAGGUUAAGUUAAUUUGCGAUGCUUCAUUUUUUUGUUUUACACCUUUCCAUUUCGACUGAGUUUCAAGAGUAGGUAGGUGGCUGUAAUCAAGUUAAGUUAUUUUUUAUGCAUACAAUUUAUCAAAACAAAUUGUAGGAAUGUGUUUACAGCUGUGUAGGUUUGUUUUGUUGUAAUAGUUUAAAUGUUGGUAUUUAUGUUGUAAAGCAUAUAUAAUUUUAAUAAUCAUGCAUUACUUUUAAGUUGAUACUACUAACGUACCAUAAGAUAUCCCUAUAUUUCAGAACUUGAUAAGGAACUUUUAUCCCUUUCAAAAAGUCGAAUUAAGAAUAAACAUUGAAACUUGUGUAAUAAAGUCCUGCAUUAAAACCUGUAAAAUGCCACAAAGUUCCACACGUUGUCUUGGAAGUAAAAAAAAACCUUGCAAUAUCUCACCCGCGUUCUUUUUAUAUAUACUGUAUAUAUAUCUCAAAUCUAACUAUGUUAAACUAUUUUUUAAAUAUUUUACCAAGUAAGGCCCACUGAGCUAAAGCACAGUUUUUCAGAAGCGACCUGGCCACGAAUGAUAGCCCAACGAGAAGUGGCUUAUCACGUGGAAAUAUAUAGCAGCCAAAAACUCUGAACGCACGUUUCUAAAUGAGGGGAAAACCGGAGGACCCGGAGAAAAAUCCCCGCGACCACGAGUAGAGAGACGCGCAAGCUCCAAAUAUACAGCAGGUAUGGUGAGGGUCGGAUCAAACCCACAACCUCCUGUAUACCAGGCGAGGUAGUUAACAUGGUAUCCAAAUUGCAGACAUUUAAAACACUGUCCAGGAUCUUGCUGAGGACUUUAAAGUACUACUAGAUUAAUCGGUACUUUUUUACAAGCGUAUGAUUGCUUUUCACAACACUUGACAUAGUCGAUGCUUCAUUCUGUUCAUAAUUGGUUAUCAGUAAAUUUAAGAUGGUUCGCUCAUUA